CAGGUUGGGCGAACCAGCUCCUUUUGGUCAAGUGCUGUUUGCUUCGGUGAAGCGGGAAUCAAGUUCUGUGGGGUUGCGCGGGUAGCCGGAGCGGAUGGAAGCAGGAUCGUACGCGGAAGCCGAAGCCACUGGCCGGCCGACAGUGCUGGUGACAAACGACGAUGGGAUCGAUGCCUUGGGCCUGCAACACCUCGUACAGCUCCUCGUCGCCGCCAAUCGAUAUCGCGUUCUCGUCUGUGCACCCGAUGUAGACAAUUCAGGUGUAAGUCAUAGCAUCACUUGGCGCCGUGCUGUUUGUGCAAAGCAAGUUGAAAUUAAGGGAGCUUCAGCAUUUGCAGUUUCAGGGACACCUUCAGAUUGUGCUUCUCUAGGAAUCUCUGGAGUGCUUUUUUCUGGUUUAGUUCCUGACCUGGUAGUCAGUGGCGUCAACAUUGGAAACAACUGCGGAUAUCACGUUGUAUACUCCGGUACUGUUGCUGGUGCACGUGAGGCUUUUUUGAAUGGUGUCCCUUCCAUUGCCAUAUCAUACGAUUGGGUUGGAGGUAAGAGCAACGUUCAGGAUCUCAAACUAGCUGUAGAGGUAUGCUUGCCAGUAAUAAACGCUGUAUUGACUGAAUUGAAGAAUAAGACAUAUCCCAAAGGAUCAUUUUUGAAUAUAGACGUGCCAACAGAUGUAGCUAAUCAUAAGGGUUUCAAGAUAACAAAACAGGGUACAUAUAUGAUAAGGAUUGGGUGGAAGCAGACUCAUGUCAAUACACCAGCUACAGAAAGCUAUCAAACAGCAAGCAUUGAGGGAAAUACUGUUGUGGACACUGAAAUGGAUGUUGUUUCAGCUCCAUUGCAGGAUCAGCUUUUGUUCAAGAGAUCGGUUUCACGUUUGAGCUUUGAACAAAAAGAUGAUGAGGACACGGACUACUGGUCUCUCCAAAAUGGCUACGUUACAAUUACACCCCUUGGUGCCCUUUCGCUGACAGAAAUAGAGGAUGUAACUUACUUCAAAGAUUGGUUGAGGCAUUUGGUUGAUUAUUCAACAUCCUCGUCAUCUUUAUAGAAAAGAUGCAUCAAAUUAUUACUUGUAGAAGACUGAAAAAUUACAUGGAGUUGCUCUUAUAAAUUCAGUUUUCGCAGACAUUUGUCUUCCCAACUUAUGAGCCCUUGUGGUACCAUCUGCUUCAUUUUCAAUUUAUUUAUCAAACUUUUGUUCCAUGCUAUCUUAUGCAACUUCCGAUUUCUCACAAUAAAGUGUGAUUGUACGAGCAAAGAACACCGUAUUGUCAUUGGACUUCUUGCAAGGCAUGAUUUUUUUUUAUUC